GAAACAAAAGAUUGACAGUAAUCAAUCCAUUCACAUCCAAAGAAAUCGAAACCGCACUAUAGUAUUUCGAAGAGGAUGCCACCAUGGAUGGUCCUCCGUGUACUGCAUACCGGUAUCCAUAGUGUUUGAGUACAGGUCGUAGGAGCCACCCACACGGGUAUCCUCCUCUUGUUUGUUUCUCUGCGUAACAACAACAAGGCGGCAGCAGCAGCAAUAACAACAACAGCGCAACAACAACAACAACAACAGCGCAACGACAACAGCGCAACAACAUCGAUCGGCAACUACUACUACUACUACUACUACUACUACUACUGCUACUACUACUACCAUCAUGUCUUCUGUUUGGGUUCAGCUCUACAUUGGUGACGACGAGAGUGGUGGAGCCUUCAAGAUCAAACACAUCCCCGAUGACAUUAGUGACUUGAAGGAGAAGGUCUAUGAAAGAAACAAAGCAAUUCUUGGGCACUGUGUCGAUGCCCAGCUUGUCGUGUACUCCCAUGGAACCAAACCACCUUUCUCCAACGACAACGCUGUGGAUCCUGGUGACGAUGUAUUGGUACCAAAACUCGACUCUGUGCCGGUGGACGAGAUUUCUAUCUACCACACAGGGACCACAUCUUCCUCUCAAGGCAAGGCUAUUGAUCCUGGUGACCCUGUGCCCACCGGCACUAAAUCCAAUAAUCCAUUGAUUGUGGUGGCACCCGCUCCGAAGCAAACAGAUGCUCCAGGAGUUUCUGCAGAGCAGAUCAGUUCACUUGUUGCUUUUGCACAAGAAGAAUUGGAUAACAGGACGAAGCACAAGGCCAUGUCAGAAGCAUCUGUGCAAUUUGCUACAUCUAUAUUGGCUGGGAAUGGUAUCCAGACUGCCGUGGAGGACCCUAUCCGGGAGGCUGGGUCCCUGGUUGAUCCACCAAAGUUUUCAUGGGAAGUCGUUGAUUCGGGCGGCCACGUCUGGAACAAUAGUGAACAUGCCGGUACGCCUGGAGUGGUGAAGUGGGCUAAUGAACACCUGCUGGCUGGGGAGAAAGAGUAUGGCCUCAAGGUUGUAACGGGUGCAGUACUUCCAAAGGUGAAGGGUAACAGGAAAAGUGCAGCCGGAAAAGGUGACAUUGCCAUUGGAAAAUUGGAAAAUAUGGAGUAUGGGGAUACUUUCACUUUUGUGAAUGGUUUAGUUGAACUCAAAACAGAUAGGUCUUCUUGCAAGAAAGGACAAAACUUGCUUGAACUGUUUGCUUUAUCCAUGACAAGCAAAUUUGGGAGAGGUGUUGCUCUUUUGGCCACAGAUUGUGAUGAAACAUGGGAGACCUUCCAUUUCUCAAAAGUGGGCGUUAUUACACACAGGUUUUAUGAUCAUGGCGGAAAAGCGUGGGAAGAUUUCAUGAAGUUGAUCAAGUCUGCAGAAGUACGUCAACUUCAAAACUCUCCUCCAGCUUCACUGGCAACAAUCAAAGAAGACCACAAGGGCGAAGAAGACGAACAGAACUUGGAUGGCUUUGCCAUACCAGCUCACGAAAAAAAAAGACAGAGAGCAUUGGAUGACCAGGCAAUGCUAGAACGCAUUGCUGAUCACCUUGGUGAGCUCUAUGGUGAACGGCCUGUUGUCCCGUCGUGGGCUCAUGCUGAAGCAAGGAUUCCUGACUACUAUGUCUAGAAUCAUGGUGUUAACAGAACAUGCUUAUAAAUAUG